AUGAAUUCACUUAAGAUCUUAGUAAAUUCAUUUGAUAAUCUAUAUCCCAAUAGUCAAAAAUAUGAAAUACCUCUGGUUGAAUUGAAUUCAACUCAUGAAUAUAAUGAGGAAGAUCAUUCAAUUGAUUUAACUAUAAAUAAUGAACAAACUAAUGACGAUAACGAAACUAAUGAAAGAGAAGAUAUAAAAGAAGAAACACCAAUAGCUGAAGAAAUUCCAAGUAAAUUACCAAAUAAAAGUACCUGGUUUAAUAUUUUAUCAAGUAUAAUAUUAUUCAUACCCAAUUAUUUCAUUGUUAAGCCCUUGUUAUUUUUCUGGCUCUUGGUAACUUUCCCAUUUACAUAUUUUUUCAAUGAUACUUCAUCUUCUGAUUUACUUAGUGAAACACCUCAACAACACGAUGAAAUUAUCAAUGAAAAAACUGAGUUAUUGAAACAUGAAAAUAUAAUCUCCAAUACUAUCAAAUCACCUACUGCAUCUUCAAAAUAUAUCAUCCCUCCCCCUCAAAGAUUAUUCCCCCUUUCAAGAAAUCCGGGUAAAAAAAGAAAAAGAAAAACUUUGAUUUUGGAUUUGGAUGAAACCUUGAUUCAUUCUCUAUCAAGAGGUUCUCCUCGUUCCUUUAAUAACGGUUCUUCUCAUAUGAUUGAAGUCAAAUUAAAUAAUAUUUCAACAUUAUAUUAUGUUCAUAAAAGACCUUACUGUGAUUUUUUCUUAAAAGAAAUUGCUAAAUGGUUUGAAUUACAAAUCUUCACCGCAAGUGUUCAAGAAUACGCUGAUCCAAUUAUUGAUUGGCUAGAAAGUGAAAUUAUUAAUUAUGUGCAUCCUCUCGAAGGUAGUCGAAAUGAUCGUAAAAAUAAAAAAAUUGACAAAUAUAAUCAAUUGGAUCAAAGAUAUCUUAAUCCUUAUGAUUCUAAAAAAGAUGCUAAUCAAAAAGUUUUCACAAAAAGAUAUUAUAGAAAUGAUUGUACUUAUAGAAAAGGUGUUGGUUAUAUAAAAGAUCUUUCCCGUUUUUUCACUCGUGAUGAUGACUUGAAAAAUGUCGUUAUUCUUGAUAACUCCCCUAUCAGUUAUGCUCUACAUGAAGAUAAUGCAGUGAUGAUUGAAGGUUGGAUCAACGAUCAAAGUGAUCGUGAUUUACUCAAUUUAUUACCAAUGCUUCACAGUUUGAGUCUAUGUAUCGAUGUGAGAUUUAUCUUGGGUUUAAGAAGUGGCGAAAAGGCUUUUGAAAACUAAUGUCUACAAGAAAUUUCAAAAUUUCAUAAUAAAAAAAUAGUCAAUGGACAAUUCUGUAAUCUUAU